CCAAGACUAAGACGAAACAGUCAACUCCCCAUCAAAAAUAACGACCCAAAGGGACGCCUACAACAACUGAGCGUAGAAACUAAGACUGAACCCACUCCGGAACUGGCGGAAAACAACAAGUGUAAGCUCCAGAGCCGAGGAGAAGGGGGACAACAGACCAAAAGGCAGAAGCUGCUAGAAAGGGAGAAUCAACGAUUACCAGCAAGAAUAAGAGGAAGAGUGAGUCUAGACAGCCGAAAAUCAAACCAAGGAAAAAAGGCCAGUGAAGUCGGAGUCUUCAAAACAAGAAAUCAUCGAGAGAUCUAG